CGUCCGCCGUUAGCUUGGAAACAGAGUGAAAGGCAGAGUUUAACGAUACAACAGUGUCUAGAAUUAAGGUUUAGUUAGACAGCAAAGUGUGUUUUUUGAAGGACUGUGUUGAAGAUGUUUGAGGUUGAGCAGCUGAGGUCGCUGUUGAACGAGCGGCUAACUGCUGCCGAUCAGCAGAUUCUCGCUUUGUUUGAAAGAACAAUAGAAAAAUACGAGGAAGAAAUCUGUCGGUUAAAAGAAGAAAAUAAACGAGUUGAAGUGCUGGAAGCUGUUUUCAAGCCUGAAGUUCGCCUAUACAGAGCAGACAUGCAGAGGCUGCCGUUGUGUAAAGAAGUUCUCCGAGAGCAGCAGAUGUGGAAUGCGAGUCUGGUACAAGAGGACUCUGAACCCCCAACCAUUAAAGAGGAGGAGCAGGAACUCUUGACAAGUCAGGAGGGACAGCAGCAUCACCAGCUGGGUGAGGUUGCUAUCAGUGAGUUUCCUUUCACUGUUGUCUGUGUCAAGAGUGAAGAUUAUGAAGAAAAUUCACAGUUGCUGCAGCUUCAUCAAAGCCAAAGUGAUGAGAGCACAGAGGCAGAGCUUGAGUACAGAACACUGAAAACAGAAGCUGAUGGAGAGGACUGUGGAGGACCACAGCCAGACAGCGUAUCAGGUGCAUAUCAUCUUUUACAGCCAGAUGGCAGGAAUUCAGGCAGUUCUGGAACUGAUACUGAUGACAGUUAUGAAUGGGCACUGUCCAAGGAAGUUCAGUCAAGUUUAAAGUGUCUGAAUAAUGGUGAAGUCUCUGUAAGUGAUAACAGAUGUGAUAUCACAAAGAAGCAGUUUUCUGAAUGUGGAAAAAUAUUUGGCAGUCUUAAACUUAUGGGAAUUCAUAAUACAGGGAAAUCAUUUGUCUGCUCUGACUGUGGUCAAAAAUUUGGACAAAAAGAUGAUCUAAAUAUGCACAGAAGAGUGCAUACAGUUCAGAAGCCAUUUGUCUGCUCUGAGUGUGGUAAAAGAUUUGUUCGCAAGUCAAAGCUGAAUGUACAUAUGAGAAUUCAUACAGGCGAGAAACCCUUUUGCUGCUCUGAGUGUGGUAAAUUAUUUAACCAAAAAGGCAGUCUGAACACACACAUGAGAAUUCAUACAGGCGAAAAGCCGUUCGGCUGCACAGAGUGUGGUAAAAGGUUUAGAGAAAAGGGCCAUCUUGAUGGACAUAUGAGAAUUCAUACAGGAGGGAAACCUUUUAGCUGCUCUGAGUGUGAUAAAAGAUUUGGAAACAAGUGUAGUCUGAAAACACACAUGAGGAUUCAUACAGGAGAAAAACCAUUUGGUUGCCCUGACUGUGGUAGACGAUUUGGACACAAGUGCAAUCUGAGAAUACACAUGACAAUUCAUACAGGAGAGAAACCAUUUGGCUGUUCUGAAUGUGGAAGAAAAUUUGGAAACAAACGCAAUUUAAAAUUGCAUAGGAGAAUUCAUACAGGAGAAAAACCAUUUAGCUGCUCCGAGUGUGGCAAAAAAUUCAGCCAAAGUAGCAAUCUCAUCACCCACGCCAGAAUUCAUGCAGGUGAGAAACCAUUUAGUUGCCCUGAGUGUGGUAAACGUUGCACACAAAAGGUCAAUUUGAACACGCAUAUGAGAAUUCAUACAGGAGAGAAACCAUUUGGCUGCUCUGAGUGUGGUAAAAGGUUUGGGAAUAAGUGCAGCCUGGAAACACACAUGAGAAUUCACACAGGGGAAAAGCCAUUUGGCUGCUCUGAGUGUGGUAAAAGAUUUAGACAAAGGAGCAAUUUAAUUGACCACAGGAGAAUUCACACAGGAGAGAAGCCAUUUUGCUGUGCUGAAUGUGGUAAGAUUUUUGGACACAAAGGCAGUCUGAAUAUACAUAUGACAAUGCAUAGAGGAGAAAAACCAUUUGGCUGUCCUGAGUGUGGUAAAGGAUUUGGACAAAAGGGUGAUCUCACUGUGCAUCUGAGAAUUCAUACAGGAGAGAAACCAUUUGGCUGCUGUGUUUGUGGUAUAAGAUUUGUACGAAAAGGUCACCUCUGUACGCACAUGAGAAUUCACACAGGAGAGAAACCAUUUGGCUGCUCUACAUGUGGUAAAAGUUUCGGACAAAAGGGCCAUCUGGACAAACACAUGAGAAUUCAUACAGAAACCACAUAAUUCACAACUUAUAAAUGAACAAUAUGCCAAACAGUCUAGUUUGAAGCAGCCAUUAAGGUAUGGCUGACAAAUGAAUCACAUUCUCUGAAAUGGUAUUAUAUGGUAUUAUUAUAAUAAAUGUAUUAUUGGGCAACUGCAUGUGCAGUAAUGUUUCCCUCAUGGAAAUUUUGCAUGAGGCACUGAGAUGUGAUGUUCAUUACAAAAAAAAAAAAAUCAGAAUGUCCAUCCAUUUAUUAAACCCACUUAUUCCAGUGAAGGGUAAAAUCAGUAUGUGACAGUGAAAUGGAAAACUGUGUGGAAUACCUUAUUAAGUAUCUGGUGUUGACAGAACAAGUAGAUGUAUUAACAUGACUUUAUUAUAAGAAUACUCCAAGUAUGUGUUUGCAUAUGCACUCACACAUGCAUUCUGAUGCUACAUGAGGUAGUAUCUUCAUACUGUUAACAAAACCAAGGAAUAAAGGUUUAGCAUCA